GUGAUCGGUUGGUCUGUCUUUUUCCGUAUUUUGAGCGAAACUUGAUUGUGCAAGGUAUUGUAAAAAUCACAUACAUGACAUGAUGUAAUAAAAGGCGUGUAUUUGCUGUAAAUAUACUUCUGCGCGUCGUUAAGCAAGUUCCGCGCGAGCACUCAUCUUUGUAAGACAUGUAUUUCAAAGACAUUGCAAGAAUGAGUGUCCUUUUUCCUCGUCUAUUUACAACUGCGCAUGCGGCCGCGAGGUCCUUUCACCCUGAAAGCAAGCAGUGUGUACUUCAUAUUCUACGUCAUUCAUCCAGAUCGAAACUCCUCGGUACGGUAGUUAGAAGAAGGUAUUGGAAAGGUAACAUCAUGAGCUUCACAACCGAAGAGAGAGGAAAUCCUAAUACCCUGAGUUACAGAGUGUAUUUCAAAAACUCAGAGGGGAAAUACAUUUCACCAUUCCAUGACAUACCAAUAUACGCCGAUGAAAGCCAGAGUAUUUUCCACAUGGUCGUGGAGGUUCCGAGGUGGACAAAUGCCAAGAUGGAGAUUGCCACUAAAGAUCCCCUCAACCCAAUCAAACAAGAUGUGAAGAAGGGAAAUCUGCGCUAUGUGGCUAAUGUCUUCCCUCACAAAGGAUAUAUCUGGAAUUACGGAGCCAUCCCUCAGACCUGGGAAGACCCAGAGCACAAAGAUGGAGAUACAGGCUGCUGCGGUGACAAUGACCCGAUCGACGUCUGUGAAAUUGGAACCAAGGUGUGUUCAAGAGGGGAGGUCAUCAAAGUGAAGGUGCUGGGCGUGCUGGCGAUGAUUGAUGAAGGAGAAACUGACUGGAAAGUAAUAGCCAUCAAUGUUGAGGAUGCUGAAGCAGGAGACCUGAAUAAUAUUGCUGAUGUCCAGAGGCUGAAGCCAGGCUAUCUGGAGGCUACCGUAGACUGGUUCAGACGGUACAAAGUGCCUGAUGGAAAGCCCGAAAAUCAGUUUGCAUUCAACGGCGAGUUUAAAGACAAGGACUUUGCUCUUGCAACUAUCAAGUCCACCCAUGAUUUUUGGAAGACCCUGAUCUCUCAGCCAACUAAUGCAGGGGGACUCAACUGUAAAAACACAUGUGUCUCUGGGGACGGAAGCCCUCACCGGUGCUCCAGCGAUGAUGCCAACGCUGUCGUCAAUGCUACAACAGGCAAGAAAAGAAAGCGAGAAAACCCAGAUCAGACAGGGAGAGAACAGAAAAGUAAACAGAACUGUGCAUGUGGACAAGGAGAACCCAUUCCAUGUUCAGUUGACAAAUGGUUUUACUACAAGAAAUGAAUGAAGAGCACUUCGGGGGACCACGAUUAGUUCGGGUAGAUGUACUUGAAUAGUUUUGUCAGCAUUGACCGAUGAGCAUAGCUUUGUCUUAGAUAUGCUGCAACUGAUAAUGAGCCUUAUUAAUCAUUUGGAAGGUGGAAAAUUUGUCUUCAUUUAUUUAACUAAUCUUUUACAUAAUUGAACUGUUUAUAAAUGCGUAUAAUCCACUCUGUUAGAACCAUGGCACUCUGUAAAAGACUUGUAAUUGCUUUAUUAAAGCGUCUCUGUUAAAAGA